AUGGAAGUCAGACCUAUUGGGUGGAUCUGUGGACAGGUGGUGAAGAACUUCUCUGGAAGACUUGAGGGGCUCCAGAAGGCAAUCAUGGACCUUAUAGAUGAGUUUAAAGAUGAUCUCCCGACCAUCCUAAGAUUAUCACAGUCUAACCAGAAAAAUGAUCCAGUGCAGAAAACAUCUAAGGUGAGAAUGGCCCUCGCUUUAGCCAAGAUCAACCGUGGAACGUUAAUUAAAGGGUUGAACAGGAUAUCCAGUUCCUCCAAGUCAGUGGCCAAGCUGCUGCAGCCUCAGCUGGCAUGCAGACUCUUGGAACUGAGGAACAUCUCUCACCGGCUGCUGAGAGAAGUGAAUGGAGCAAGGCAACCCCUGAACAGCAUACAGGUCAGAAAAGGUUCUUUGUUUGAAAUCAUUUCUUUUCCAGCAAAAACUGCCUUGACUAGCAUAAUGUAUGCUUCUUAUGCAGCACUAAUUUAUUUGGCGGUCUGUGUUAAUGCUGUGCUGGCAAAAAUAAAGAAGAUUUUCCAGGAAGAAGAAUCCAUAAGGCAAAAUAGAGACAGCGAGAGUUUUCGGAAAGCCUUCUCUGAGCCUGUGCUCCCGCAGCCCAUGUUUUCUGAAGGUGAAAUCAAAGCAAAACCUUACAGGUCAUUGCCAGAGAAGCCAGAAAACCUUUUAGAUCAACCCAAGCCUCCUGCCAACAAGCAAAGUAACAAGAUCCAGGUUUUACAUUCCGUGUUUGACCAAUCGGCUGAACUGAAUGAAUGAGAAAUACAGACACAAAUACCACUUUAGAGAGCUCAAUCAUUAUCUAUCCACAAGUGAUUUCGUCAGACAUACCAGAAGACCAGUUUACAUAAGUUGAAUGCUCUUUUAAGAAGGGAUAGAGCAGGGAAAACUAUGACAUCAUCCUCUCGUAUUUAUAUGGCACAGAAAAUAAAAUGAAUCUUGAUGUACAAUGUAUGGCUAUCCAGUGUUUUUCAUUUUACUUCUCAUAUGUAUAUGUGCACUUGUACAGGUCAGAAGACAGUAUCAGAUCUCCAGAGCAUGGAUGCUGGAAAGUGAACCAAGUCCUCUAGAAAAGCAGAACAUCUCUUAACUACUGAGCUAUCUUCCCAGCCCUGACCAUUCAGUAAUUUUAAUAAGAAAUUCAUAAUGUGUUGUUAGAACUUACACUGUGUUUAUAAUAUGGAUGUGCUCAUAAUUCAUUUAUAUUUUUAUUUAAGAAGUGUUUUGAAUGUUCAUCUGGAAAAGAAAUUUCCAUAACAAAAUGUUAUUUUGGUGCAGGAAAAGAUGACCCAACAGUUAUGAGCACUUGCUGCUCUUACAGAGAACCAAGAUUUGGUUCUUAGCAUCCGCAUGGUAGCUCACAACUUUGUAAACUGCAGUCACUGGGGAUCUAACACUCUCUUCUGGCUUCCGCCCACACCAGGUAAGUGUGGUGCACAUACAUACAGGCAGACAAAAACUUUAAAAAAUGGUACACAUCUUUUUCAGAGACUGUGAUGACCUUAUAACUGACUUGUGAAGUUAUGAAGGACGUGACCUUUAUAGAUACCAUAAAUUUGUAAAAACAAAAUGUUACUUGCGAAUCUGAUGAGAUUCUUUCUGUAUGUUAGGAUGGGAUGUUAUAAGGUGGGAGUUGUUCUUUAAUAAUGGAGUUUGGCUACAUCCUCAUUCUAACUCUGAAUUCCUGGAUCAAAUGACCCUUCUUCCUCAGCCCCGAGAAGCCAGGACUAUAGGGCUAAUGCCAUUGGACCUGGCAAAGUGACCACUUUCAUUUUCAAAUUUAAAGACACAGAUUAAGAACAGGAAACCUAGUCUAUAUUAGUCAUCACUGUACCGGCUCCUGACAGAAGUGCUGCUGUACUUGCCUCUAUAAACCAAGACCCUAGUUCUUGCCUAAAGGAAUGACUUUAGUUUCUUCGAGGCACUUUACAUUCUAAUCCAUCAUAAGAUUUUGUGGCCAUUCAAGAAAUAAUAGGUUGGUAUGAACUCCCCUCAGAGACAACACAUUUUCUGAAUCCCAUGAGUAACUAACUAACUGCUGGUGUAAACAUUGUUGAAAAAGCUCAAGCCUAGCUUAUUAG